CCGUCAUUUUCUUACUUGCCCUCUGACAUUAAUCACCUUCUCUGGAGCUACAGUUGCUCUGUACUCAGAUUCAUCCCUGGCUGGCAAUGAAAAAUGAGCCUCUCCCCCACCCUUGCUGCCGCCUUUCACCUCACGCCCCCAGAGAAGAGUUUCUUCGUGUGGCAGCCGGUGAAGGUUUUUUUCCACGUCACAUGAUCCAGGAUGCAGGGGGAGAAUCCUUCUUGGAACAGAGAUGGGCCCAGAAGUGAAUCAGAUGAGGACAGAUAAAGUGUGCUGUGGGAAGACUAUAUAAGAAUGGACCCAGGGCUGCAGCAAGCACUCACCCGAGUGGCCCCUUCUCAAGACACAGCCAUGCAUGUACCAGCAGGCUCCGUUGCCAGCCACUUGGGAACCACAAGCCGUGGCUAUUUCUACUUCACCACCACCGCGCUGGCUCUGUGUCUCGUCUUUGCUGUGGCAACCAUUAUGAUGUUGGUAGUUCAGAAGACGGACUCCAUUCCCAACCCACCGGGAAAAUUCCCCCUUAAAGGAGGAAAUUGCUCAGAGGACAUCUCAUGUAUACUGGAAAAGGCUCCGUUCAAGAAGUCAUGGGCCUACCUGCAAGUGUCAAAGCAUAUAAACAAAUCCAAGUUGUCUUGGAACAAAGAUGGCAUUGUCCAUGGAGUCAGAUAUCAGGAUGGGAAUCUGGUAAUCCAGUUCCCAGGUUGGUAUGUCAUCAUUUGCCAACUGCAAUUUCUUGUGAAAUGCCCAGCACAUUCUGUUGACCUGAAGUUGGAGCUUCUCAUCAACAAAGACGUCAAAAAGCAGACACUGGUGACAGUGUGUGAGUCUGGAGCACAAACCAAAAACAUAUACCAAAAUCUCUCUCAAUUCUUGCUGGAGCACCUCCAGGUCAACACCACCAUAUCAGUCAAGGUGGAUAAAUUCCAGUAUGUGGAUACAAACACCUUUCCUCUUGAGAAUGUGUUGUCUAUCUUCUUAUAUAGUAGUUCAGACUGAACCAUUUCUUCUGGUCUUCAGGAAGAAAGCCACUCUCUACCAUACAGUACUUCAUCCAUCCAAACACUUGGGCAAAAAGAAAACUCUAGACCAAGACUAAAACCAUAAAGUAUACUAAAUAAUAUGCUUCUCCUUCUGUCUCUUGGGAAGAUACAGCUCCAGGGCUUAAAAAAAAAAAAAAAACCAGUUUUGAGUGAAGUAUCUUUCAAAUUGAAGGCAAGGAAGCAAGACAGUAUGGUGGGAAAAGCCCCACAUGGGUAUCAGAAGGGAUGAAUUUAUGCCCUGGCCCAACCACUAACUCACUCACUGUAUGAUCUGGAGCUAUUCCUUUCCCCUCCCUGGAACUCUGGAUCCAUGUCUGAAAAAUGAAGGGGCUGGAUUUGAAUCUCUCCAAAAUCUCUUCCAUCUCAAAAGUCCAGGAUGUCUCAUCCCAGACCUGUGAACUAAGAUUCCAGGCAGUGUUCUAGAAGCCCCCAACCAAAGGGAAGUCCUUCACCUCACACCAGUAUAAAUCUGAUGGUACGUACAUAGGAUCUGGCCGCAUGUCCCUCAACAGAGUCAGAAUUUGGGGGUGAGGUUCAGGGUCCCUUGACAAAUGAUGUGAACUGUGGGAUCUGAAAUGUGUAAAAGAAAGAACUGCCCAGCUGACCAUCCCAAAUCUAAAAGGCCUCCUGGUAUUUGGAAAGCCAUCUGACUGGCCUUGACUCUGUUCGGGUUAAGGUUGACAACACAUCAACAACAGACAGCUUUCGUUUCCUGUAGGGAAGGGCUGUGUGUUCAGCAGGCACUCCAUGAGCAUGCAGUGGUCAUGGUGAUGCAGCUAUUUGGUCAGGGACCAGCUGCUGCCAUUUCUCACAUGAUCUCUCUCUGUUCCCUGCUUAAAAUGCCUCUCAGGAAGCCAUUUCUGUGGAGGGCCAUUAAGGCGCCCAAAUAUUGAUAAUGAUGAUGACCCUGCACAUGGUGAGGACUUCUGAACAAUGGCAACCUCCUCUCCCGAUUGGGGUAACUGUGAGAUUUCUCUAGCUACACCAACCUACCUUUACAUCUGUCCAUCAUUUCCGAAGGAGCAGCUUAUCUGGUGAAAAGGACCACUGAGCUUGAAGUAUAAAGACCCAGAUUUUAUGCUUCAGAAGCAAAAGGGACCCUUCACUGCCAUGCAAAAGAAUGGAGCAAAAUUUGCAUUUUCUCAAAAAAGGUGGAAGGAAAAGAAAAAUGUAGGAAAUCAGGAAAGUUUGUCAGAGAAAGAUUAGAAAAAAUUUAAAAGAAGAAAAGAAAAAAAAAAAAAAGCCAGCAGUGUUGGUAUGGAUGAGAAGGACUUGGGAACACAAAAUAGCUAGGGGAAAAAUUGAAAUCAUUUGCUGAGCAGCGUGCUAUGUCAACCUCCUCCUAGGCCUCCUCUAUGAAAUAUUCAGUAAAGUCUACAUUUCUCCUAACGCUUUCUAUGACUAGAUUCUUUGGGAAGAGCGGGCAUUGGAAGAGGCGUUGAAUUCAGCAAGCCAAGUAUAUAAUAAACACAGACAGGUUUGAGGACCCAAAACUAGCAAGUAAGAGAGCACCUGGCAUUUGAGUUAUACCCAAACUCUGAAGGACAAAUGAACCUUGCUUAAGCCAACUCAUGCAUUCUUGAGAAGGUAUCUGCAAUCUAAGCUUGUGUACACUAAGCAAAUUUUCUACUGUCUCAUACUCAAAGUUGAGAAAGAUUCCAUCUCCCUGAGCAGAGACACCUGACUUUUACACUUGAGUGGUUCCUACUCUCAAUCUCUGUCAAGCAAUACUCUGAGAGCCAACAGCUGAAGACACAGGGAGCUCAGCAUUUGAAGGAGUCCUGUAGCAACACAAAAAAUUAAAAGAGAAUAAUCGUUAGAAACUCAACUGAAAAUAAUAGGUUGUAGAGAAGCUGGAAAGUUUAAAACCAGAUUCUGUUACUCCCUGAGGGUUAACCAGCGCCCCCCUCCCCGGGAAUGUGGUAGCAUCUAUGUAAGUAAAAUAAAUAAUUUUUCUAACUGGAAACUCAGGCUACUUGAAACAUAUGCCCCCUGAGGAAAAACCUGGAGCUCACACGCACACACACACACACACACACACACACACACCACAGUAAUACUUGUAGAAAGUGUAGAGAAGGGCAAUGUGUAAGUUGAUAAGAAACGAGUCAGUGUAGACUAAAUGUGUUCCUGCCCUUGGGGAAUUCAUAAGACAUUGUUUCUCCACAUUUAGUAACUUUUUCUCCACCACGUCUGUCUAUCACCCACUGCUGCCUCCUUAACCUACCCUCUUCCCCCUCAGAAUUCCCCAGUCACACAAAGGUUGGCUCAGAGGAGGUCCCUGCACCCCCAGGAGGGUGGAUAGAAACAGGCUCUAAAGGGAGGAAAGGCUGAAGGAAGUUGGGCAGAAUCUACCAAACAGGAGAGCCUUCUGGAAUCCCUGGCAUACCACUGAUUAUUUUGGCACUUACAUUAAGAGGCUUGAGAAGUCAGUCAGUGUCAUCUCUGGAAAGAUGCUGAUUGAUGAGCUAAGCCAGUGGUUGAUUGUAUGCCCAACAGCGGGCAGAGCCUUGGGAAGUCCUCACAUGUGGUUAGUAGCAGGGCUGGGAUUUGAGCUAGCAGUGGGGCCCAGCCUCCUGACUCCCCUCUCCACUAUUUCCCACCAGGCUCUACUGGUCUCAUCCUGUAGCCUUUCUGGAAUUCCUCGGGUCAUAUCUUUCCAGCCCUGCCCUGGGGUGGUCCCCAGCAUUCAGGGACUUCCUCUGUUCUUCUUUGCCCUGAAUCAGAUCCUCCAGGAUUAUCAUUCGAAUGUGAGGCACAGAUAGUGUCUAGAUUCAGUACACAGUCAAAUCACAGAAAAAGCCAGCGUCCCAUAUAUAAAAGUUCAAUCUCUCAGAAACUGAAGAAAUAAUUUAAAAAUUAAAAGCUUAUUGUUUUAAUCUGAAUUUAUACAUAUAUGUGUGUAUAUGUAUGUAUAUCUGUGUAUAUAUUUAUCUGUAUGUACA